GUCCGGUGCUCUGUUAUAUUAGGGGGUAAAGCCGCCCUACUCUCACCGAAGGUUGUGUCUCCAGCUUGAUUUUCGCCAUGUCAGGGAGAGGAAAGGGCGGCAAAGGCUUGGGCAAGGGGGGUGCCAAGCGCCACCGCAAAGUUUUGAGAGACAACAUCCAAGGCAUCACCAAGCCGGCAAUUCGGCGCCUUGCCCGGCGUGGAGGAGUCAAGCGGAUCUCCGGCCUCAUCUACGAGGAGACCCGGGGCGUGCUGAAGGUUUUCCUGGAAAACGUCAUUCGGGAUGCAGUCACCUACACUGAGCACGCCAAGCGCAAGACGGUCACGGCUAUGGACGUAGUGUAUGCCCUGAAGCGACAGGGACGCACCCUGUAUGGUUUCGGAGGCUAAGCUGCCGCUUCAUUUCUGCAUCCAUCCUGCCAACGGCCCUUUUUAGGGCCAACCA